UUGGUAACAUGGCAGAAAUUUCCCCUUACACUAGGAUGCCUCAUUGAAUGGGCGGACAUAUAUAAAGACAAGGAGAAGAAGGAUAAGGCGCAAGAUCACCUGCUGGUAUACAAAUGCAUGCCAAAUGCCAAGCCAGGGGCAUUGUAUCCUGUGUCGAUUCGGAUGCAUGGGUAUCUCAAUCAUUUUUGCUUGGAGAGGUUAGGAAACUGGUCCAGCAGUUCAACAUGUUUCUUUGUCAGUCUGGUGGACACAAAGAUCCAUGGAGAGCGAUGGCGGCAGCAGCCAAUCUCACAGGCGAUUAUGUUAGGACAAGACACUGCUACACAGGCCCUCAGCAGCAAAGAUGACCCUGAACAAAACUAUGACACCAUUAAACAAGAGUGGACUGUAUGCGAAUUUUUUCCUGUGGGAGAGUUAUCAGACAGUGGCAAAAUCAUUCCUCUUGAUCAUCUCUUGCUUACCAGAGGCGACUUCAUUGAAGUAGGAGCUGAAAUGGAUUUCGUGAUUGGGAGAGACAGAGCAUCACGACCGAUUCUGAACACAUACAUGACAUGUACAUAUGUACUCCGCCUC